UCACUGCAAACUGAACCAACAUGUAUGUUUGCAUAUCUAUCACUUCACACAGGAUACAUGGACAGACUUGAAGUACAGUCUGGUGAGGAAGCCUGUUUGAGAUGGAGGAGGCUCUGCAGGAGAAGACCUUGAACCCGACUGGUAGGAAAUUAAUUUUCAGAGCAGCAACCAGCUUAUGAGGGCUGCAGGUCAGUGAGCUGGUGAGAUGGAGGAAGCAUACACUGAACUGUACCAGGAGUUUCUUCGCCUGAGGUCGCUUUGCAUGAGACAGGCGGCCAUGUUGCAUCAACUCACAACAGCCCUGCAGAAACAGCAAGGUGCUGCUGUGUCUAAUAGAGAGUUGGAUGAGCUGACGUCCAUCCCUGUCCAGUGCACCCAGGAAAUCCUUCUACACCCUCAUGAAAAACCAGUGACAGCACACAACCCUGCAGCACAAUGUGGCGUUGAUCCACUCUCUAGAAAUGCAGCGAUCUUUUCUGAUCUCCUCGCUGAAGAUAUGUCCAAGCUCUGCAUGAAUGCGACCCAUCAGAGAAAGGACGGUGGGAAAGUUGAGCAAAAACAUUUAUUAACCCUGGAUUCAUCAAAUCCAAGGCAAACAAGGCGACCUGGCGGAAACAGUACUUUGCACCCAGCAAGGGUGCCUGUGACAGUCGGUCUCUCUCUUGUUGGAGCAGAUCAUCACCAAUGUGGUGGGGUGAUGAUGUCAGAUGUGGCGCUGCAGUCUCAUGUGUGUGACUUCUGCCAGGCGGUUUUUCCUGGAGACACGACCACCAGAGGAGAGUUCUUGCGACAUCUCUACACUCAUGUCAGCUAGACUAAACUGAUUCUUCUUUUUCUCCUUACACACAGGUUAAAAUGAUGUGCUGUGAUUCAGUUCAGCGAAUCACUGGAAACAGCACUGAAAUGGACCCUGUUCUUCAUAUGGUCAGCUGUUUGUCGAUGGAUUAACUGUGCAAAUGCUGAUGCUAUGUGACAGUAUUAAGAUAGAGAUUACAGAAAAAAAAAUCUGUAGUGUCAAUUUAUCUAGAUAGUUAUGGUUUUAAAAGUUUAAGUUUUGAGAUAUUUGUCUGUUUUUAUACCCCCAUCUAACAUGAUGGAUGUGAAAAGAAUUUUAUAGCAUGAUCAUAGGAUUGAAAAAUGAUGUCUUAUUGCAGAAACAGCAUCCUGUUACUUUGAAAAAUCAAGUCAAUAUGACCAUAAUCAGGGAAAAUUAUUCCAAAACUAGUAACUACCACUACAUUUUAAUACAUUUGUUUAACCACCAUGUACAAUAAAUCCUUAAAAUACACAGAAAAAAUCUAUAAUACCGUACAAUACUAAUAUAAUGCAGGUGCCUCAUGAAGAAAAAAAAACAUAUUAUCCAUAUAAUCUCUAGUUUCAAUUUGCAAUCACCUCAUAUUCUCUCUCACGUUAUAAUCCAUCCUUCAUCCAAAUGCAUCCUAAUUUUAUGCUCGUCCUCACCAGAUGCUUUCAGCACCAGAAACUUAUUUUUUUCUCCUUUGGUGAAUUUACUGCCUCAAAUAAAAACAUAAGCUUUGCUGUGAGGGCUUAUGUGUAGUUUCAGAACAUCCAGACCCUCAUGCUCAGUGAAAAAAUAAUUGGAAAAAAAGGUCAAUUUGUGAUUAACUUUGUGAUGAGGCAAAUUGGUCAGAUAUUAUACUUUUCAAUCUGAAACUCAAUCAAAAUUUUGCUUCAAAGGGCUUCACAGUCUGUACAAAGCAUAUCGCCUAUAUUGUUAAAACUGGAUCAAUAUUUUUUAGCAUGUUUUUGUUACCUUGUUUUGUUUUCUUAUCUUGUUGUUGCAAUCCUGCCAUAAAAUGGCAGAAAUGGGUUCAGUAGUUACUAACGGUGAAUACUGAACCUUUAUGUAACUGUUUUUAGAUGCAGAUUUCAACAUUUUCAUUGUUAGUCCCUGUGUGUUCUAAGGAACACCAUCAUCAGAGGCAGAAAUAGCUGCAAAAGCAUAAUGUGUUAUAUCUCAAUUAACACACACACACACC